CGCGCCCGUCAUGCUGUCGCGUUUGCCGAAACGUCAGACUCGCGUGUAAACAAAACGCGAGGUUGAAGCCAUGGUUCGUGUUUGUCGAUGAUUCUCGCCGUGUUCUUUAUUUCAGUCGGCUUGUGAACAUGUCACUCAGACCGCUGUGGCCGGAUUUGCGACCGCGAGCAACCGAUCAAUUAUGGUUCAACGCCGAUCGGCCGUGCGACGAUGAGAGCGAAGUAACCGCUCUCGAAACGGAGCAUCAAGCCUGGCGAGAUCACAUCCGGGUGCAGGGCUAUGAACACAUCCCGAUCGGGAAAACGGUGAGCGAUUAUAGAGGAUCGGAAGGAGAAGAAGAGGAGGAAGAGGAAGAGGAAGGUGAAGGUGAAGAGGAAGACGAGUCGGAUACUCAUGAGGAAGAAGAAGAGGAGCUUGAUGAGAUCGACAUGGAAGUCAGUUAUUCUCAUCAUCCGCAGAGAUCUAGUCCAACUGAUACAGUGACUGCUCCGGUGUCGAUUCGUAUGGUCAACGCGACGAAUUUAACUCGUUAUUCUUAAUUUUCGUAUGUACAUUGGAAUAUUCUCGCCCCCAUAAGUAUAAUUACAGCGCUAUAUCAUCGGUAUGUUUGUUUAAUAAUUUUAUUGCGAAUUAUUUAUAAGCUUAUUAGAAUCAUAUAUCGAUCGAUGGUAUGAACGCAUGAAUAAAUAAAAAUCUAUCUCGUUCUCUA